GAGAGAGAGAGAGAGAGAGAGAGAGAGAGAGAGAGAGAGAGAGAGAGAGAGAGAGAGAGAGAGAGAGAGAGAGAGAGAGAGAGAGAGUGUGUGAGAGAGAGAGAGACCGAGACCGGCCGGCGGAGCGUCUGUGCAGAGUGCCUCAGUCGUAGACAGAUAGGGUACCGCGGCUGCAGUGGAGCUCUGUCCGGUCCUUAGCGCAUCUCUUUCGGGGGAACAUGUCAGCAAGACCGGGGUACUAUCGGCAGGAGCUGAACAAGACUGUUUGGGAGGUUCCCGAGCGGUACCAGAACCUGACUCCCGUGGGCUCGGGGGCCUACGGUUCGGUAUGUUCAGCCUAUGACGUGAGGCUGAGACAGAAGGUGGCAGUGAAGAAGCUGUCCAGGCCGUUCCAGUCUCUCAUCCACAGUCGUCGUUCCUACCGGGAGCUCCGUCUGCUCAAGCACAUGAAGCACGAGAACGUAAUAGGGCUCCUGGAUGUCUUCUCCCCUGCUGCCUCCCUAGAGGACUUUAAUGAAGUCUACCUGGUGACCAAUCUAAUGGGGGCGGACCUCAACAAUAUAGUUAAAUUCCAGCGCCUCUCCGACGAGCAUGUUCAGUUCCUUAUCUAUCAGCUGCUACGAGGGCUCAAGUACAUCCAUUCAGCGGGACUGAUCCACAGAGACCUGAAGCCCAGUAAUGUUGCCGUGAAUGAGGACUGUGAGCUCAGGAUCCUUGACUUUGGAUUGGCCAGACAGACAGACGAUGAGAUGACUGGAUACGUGGCCACUCGCUGGUACAGAGCCCCUGAGAUCAUGCUCAACUGGAUGCAUUACAAUCAAACAGUGGACAUCUGGUCAGUAGGCUGCAUCAUGGGAGAACUUCUGAAAGGGAAGGUCUUGUUUCCAGGCAAUGACUAUAUUGACCAGCUGAAGAGAAUCAUGGAGGUGGUGGGCACGCCGACACCUGAUCUCCUGCAGAAGAUCUCCUCUGAACAUGCUCAGAAGUACAUCCAGUCACUCCCCUUCAUGCCUCAGCAGGACUUGGAGAAGAUCUUCAGAGGAGCCAACCCGCUGGCUGUGGACCUCCUGAAGCGUAUGCUGGUGUUGGACUGUGACGGCCGUAUCUCGGCCAGCGCUGCCCUGUCCCACCCCUACUUCUCCCAGUACCACGACCCUGACGACGAGCCUGAGGCCCCACCCUACGACCAGACACUGGAGAGCAAGGACCGCACUCUGGAGGAGUGGAAGGAGCUGGUGUUUGAGGAGGUGAACGGGAUCAAGCCGCCCGUCAGCAACACAGACAACCUUCAGGUGGAGCCGUAAAAUGCCCCGCCCCUUCCUGCUCUGCCACUUCCUGCUCCGCCUCUCUCCCGCCUCCUGAAGAAGAUCCGCCCCCCUUUGUCUCUGCCUGUCCGUCAGUCAGCCAGGUCUGGGAGGAGCCGAGAGAGACUGCGAGCCAAUCAGAGACAACGCUGUAUCCCAGGGCAUGCCCUUCCCCCUCCCUGAUGAAUGUGAUUAUUGAUCGGUUUGACUGUCUGUCAGGAGUGAAGUGUGAAAGGGAGGUUUGCAUUUGAACAUGAAGGGAUGAGAGUUAUACGCACAUUACGAUUACAGGGAAAGAAGUUUGUAUUUUCAGAUUGGUGUUGUAAGUCAGAAAGAGUGUGAGAGAGUGAGAAAGAGAGAGUUAGCAAGUAGCACUAGCAUCCAAAUUUACCUAUUCUAGUUUUGUCCAAUAGAUGUCCAACCAGAAUCAAGUAUCAAGCCACUCCAAUCCUUUGUAAUGGAGAUGGACAUACAUUACCAUAUUACCACCGUAACUGUUCCACUCAGUGGACUUGCAUGAAACAAUAUCAGUGAUUUAUAACUUUCUUUCUGUCAUCAGUAAACGUUGUCGCAUCAAGGUAGAACAGCAUUCUUACCGAGGGUUCAGAGUUGGACUGUUGCUAUGGAUUCCGACCCAAUUAGGUCUCUGAUGUUUCAACUGUAGCAUAGAACGUUCUUCCACGCACAAUAACCACACCACAACCCAGAGUUACGGGAUCAUCCCCUUGCAGUCAUUUGAGAGCUCCAGAUGAUCUCUGUUUCCUAAAAAAGCUUUGAGAAUUAGGUCUCACCUGAGGAGAGUCUGAUUGUUGGCUACAAUUGUAGCGCUGGUCGUGACUCGUGGCAACAGUGUCUAAGGUCUUUAACCCUUGUGCUGCCUUCGGGUCACGUGACCCAAAGGUUCAUAACGAACCAUCAUUGUGUUUACCCAAUUUUACCCAAUACAAAAACAAAUACAAAUAACUUUAUUUUAACCUUUGCAAUGUGGGGGGUCUGAGACAGCCCAACGGUUAAAAGAAAAGGCUUCACUUUGUUUUUGUAUGUGGUAAAUUUGUCGCAAUACGACGGUCGGUCACAAUGACUAAUGGGUCAGAAUGACCCGAAGAUAACACAAGGGUUAAGAUUGUAGCUGCCAGUCACUCAGCGACCCACUGGACUUGGUACAAGCUCAUGGACACCAGAAGCUCAGGAGCUCCAGGGGCACAGGUUAUACAGGUCCAUGACUUUCAGCUGAGGUUCAACUCUGGAUGGAGUUACCAUGCAGUUUCAGAUGAAUCAUCUCUGACAAGGAUUCCCCCUGAGAGGGCUUUAACAGAUGGAACAGCGACAACAACACCAUGAAGACAAACAUGAUCGGCGGGAACUAACGGCCACUAUCACACACACACCCGAAGUGAAGAGCUGAAUGUGAAGAGUUGGCAGUAGAGGCUUAUCGCCAUCUACUCGUUUUUGAACAAUAAAAGAAGAAGCUCCCAAAGCAUAGCACAUCCAUUCCAUAUUUUUGAUCUAGUAACAUGCUCUGGGAUCGCCUGUUAUGUCUGUAUGUAGGCCUAUUACUACAGCCACAAUCACACGCCUCACUUACAGUAAUACAUCUGUCAACUAAGAUCACGUCUGCGCGGGACGGUUGAUGUUGUACGAUAUGUGCGGUGAACCAAAUGUUGAUGUCGUAUAUCUGAUGGAUGUGAAAACAAGAUGAAUGUUAACAAACGUGUACUUUCUAGAAUGUUUGUGUUGAUCACAUGGCGGCAUGACCUCAACAGUAAAAUGGCUGCCUAUUGGAUUUACAUCACUAUAACCAAAUGUUUGUUUCCUUGAAUGCCAAACCAACUCACACAGGAGGGUAAACAUACCUAACAAAUGUCUUUGUUACAAAAAUCAUAUCACUGGACUUUUAGUGUAAGCCGAUGGGACAUGGCCUAUGGCAUAGGUGUAUACAGUGUAUGUGUCUGCUUUGCAUGUCUUCAGCAGGUUCUUCCAGCCAGCAAAAGACUCCCUCAUAGUUUGGAACUCUUCAAAUUGACUCUUAUUCUGCUCCCCUCAAUAAAAACAAAGUUCCUUGUAA